AUGGGUGUAACAUGGGUAUUCGAAGCGGAACAAACGGCGAAAUCAGUCGAAAGAAUUCUCGAAUCAUUGGGGGCGGAGCUUACCGGACAGUACUCGAUUGACGUGACACCGUAUAAUCCACCGGUUCCGUCGACAGAAUAUCCACCGAAUAUUGUCAUGCAUCACUCAAAAUGUCCACAAUCAACUUUCUCCAUUUGUCCAAAAGGUGAUUUCAAGAAGAGUCCGAAGGCGGUGUGUGAUCGUGGAUUCGAUUUGAUUAUGAGUAAACUGAGUGCCGGAUUGCUAAUCGAUAAUGCCGGAAAGAUUGAGAUCAACGGAAACGAGUUCAGACUUCACUCAGAUUGGACCGCCCGUGUCGGGACGGCUGUUCAGGGGACUACAGUCAAGGGAACCAUUGUUGAGAUCGAAUACGACGCCUCUUUGAUCGUCGUUCAAUGCAGAGAUAUGAUUGUUGAAUUCAUCAAAAAUACAUUCAAUAAAUAUAUGGGAAUAUCGUAUGACAGCUCGGAUCGAGAUCUGAGUUUCCGAAUUGCAUUGGAAUAUUUCGACGAUUUACGCCUUCUUUUUAAUGCGAAAUGCUCCGGAUUGGAGGCGUGGCAGAUCGUUUCCUACGCGAUUUCUCUAUGCCUAUUCAUCGCUUGGUUCAAGAGAAUGAUUCGAUCGAACGAACCUCCAUUGAUACAAAUUAGAAAAUCCGUUUUCUCACUUCUUCGCUCUCUUCCGUGGGUUCGACGCAAAUUGGAGGCGGAUUUGGCGAAGGCGCAGGUGGAAAUCGAGGAGGAAGUUCAUCAGUACGAUCAUAUGCGUGAAUUCUACAAAUUCCUACCCGAACGAUGUAUGGAUAGUGAGGAAAUACUGGCAGAUGGGCGGAGAUACGCAAUGAUGGGCGAGAGAAGACACGUUCAACACUACGAUCCACAGACAAGAGAUGAGGAUAUGAAGUUGUCGGCGAAAUCCAUUUUUUGCAGCUCUUCGACCUAUUCUCCCAUUCGGGACCCUCACCGUUCCGACGCUUUCCCCGGUGUCCGUAAAAUGGAGGCGGAGAUUCUAAAGAUGACGUGUGCAAUGUUUCACGGAGGAAAAGAUGCGUGUGGAGUCGUCGCCGGCGGUGGAACGGAGGCAUUGAUGUUGGCGUGUUUAGCGUAUCGAAAUAGAUCAAGAGCCCGUGGAGAGUGGAGGGCGGAGAUUGUUGCUCCGUCGACUGCUCAUCCUGCGUUGGAUAAGGCUGCCGCCUUCUUUGAUAUGACUAUUAAGAGAAUUCAAGUAGAUGGAGAUGAUCGUGCGAACGUUGGAGCAAUGAAGAGAGCAAUCGGACCAAGGACUUGCAUGAUAAUCGCCUCUGCUCCAAAUCACAUCACGGGAACCGUCGAUCCGAUCGAAAAAUUGGCAAAACUCGCUCAACGAUAUCAUAUUCCACUUCACGUCGACUGUACUCUCGGUGGAUUCGUUCUUCCAUUCAUGGAACACGCCGACUACUCGGUUCCAGCAUACGAUUUCAGACUUCCCGGUGUCACAUCGAUUUCAGCCGAUUUGCAUAGAUACGGUCAAUGUCCGGGUCGUCUGAGUGUCCUUAUGUACCGUGAACCCGUUUUCCUUCGCCAUCAAUUCUUCACGAAUUCCGAAUGGCCGGGAGGCUGUUACGCCACGCCCACAAUGUCGGGUGGGCGGGACGGAGGGGCGGUGGCGACGGCGUGGGCAAUUAUGUUGAGAAAAGGAAGAGAUGGAUAUAUCAAUGCGUGUCAGAGAAUUGUUGAAGGAACCCGUCAACUCGCCUAUCGUCUUCAAGGAAUCGAUGGAAUUUCGAUCAAAGGAUCCGCAGAUUUGUGUGUUGUCGCUUUCACAACGAGUGAAGUGAAUGUCUAUAAUUUGGUCGAUUUUAUGGUUCAUAAGGGUUGGCACGUCGACCCGCUUCUCUCGCCAGCGGCCGCCCGUAUUCCAAUAACUCUUUCAAUGUGUGAAGAGGGUGUUAUCGAGCAUUUCAUCGAGGAUUUGGAAGUCGGAAUUUGCAAUUUAAAAUCAAUGGAAAGUGACAAACUCGGAACAACUGCCUCAUUCUACCAUAUGCUUAAAAAAGUGAAUGAUAAGACAUUGGUCGAUGAGUUAUCGAUGAUUCGUCUAGCUGCUCACUACAGUAUCCCACCACCGGCUGAAAGGAGAAGUUUGAGAACUCUUUCCGUGGAAGGCCGUAAACUGAGUAUGUUGGGAGCCACUGGAGAAAUGGGAAAGAAAUUGGAAGAAUUGAGAAGAGGAUAUCAGAAGGAUAAGGAGGCGAGAAAGGAGGCCGCCGCCGCUGCUGCUCAGGCCAUUAAAGAUGAGGAAUAA